UGGUCCCAAAAAGGAAUAUAGUUCUCUCUCACACACAAGAAACACAUGGAUUAACUUGGAAGUUGGAACCAUAGAAACAACCCUCUCAAUACACAUGAUGCCUUUGUGAGAAGCAUUUAUUUAUAUAUUAGCUUGUAACAUCCAAAACUUAGUUUAUACUUUCUCUCCCAAAUUUAAAUUUUAUUCAAUACUUGUUUCUUCAUUCCUAACACACAAAAUGGAACAAGUAAAUAACAAUAGACUAUGUGUGUCUAUGGAAGAGUUAGGUUUCAAUGCUGAAAAUGGUAGCAAUAGGGGAAACUGGAGAAAGAACAAGCACCGUGAUAAUGAUGGUGUCCCAAAAGUGUUCACAUCCAAGAACCUUGAGACAGAAAGAAAGAGAAGGGAGAAACUCACUAGCAGACUUUUGGUGCUUAGGUCUUUAGUACCAAUCAUCACAAAUAUGAACAAAGCAAGCAUUAUUGAGGAUGCUAUCACUUAUACCAUGAAGUUGCAACAUGAAGUUGAGAGUCUCACACUAGAGCUUGAUGGAAUGGAACCAAGAAGAGAGAAAAGAGCUGAGCCAAAACAAAGAGAGUUUUCUUCUGUUGAUGAGAUGAAUAAAAUGGGGUUGCAGGAAGAGGUGCAGGUAGCAAAAGUUGAUGGGAAUAAGCUAUGGAUUAAGUUGCUCAUUGAGAAGAAAAGAGGAAGGUUCAACAAAUUAAUACAAGACUUGAAUGAUUUGAACAUUGAAAUGGUAGAUCUCAGUGUUACAACUAUGGCAGGAGCAUAUCUCAUUACAGCCUCCUUACAGGACAUGAGUGGUGAACCACUUGAACUUUAUCGAAUUCCAACUAUUAUCAAGUAUUAGGGCAAAUGGAAAAGCUAUUUCUUAUGCAUCAAGUCAUCAAAUUAAAAUAAGGUUUAGAUUAUUUUAUUGCUCAAUUAACUUGUAUUGACUCUAUCAACUUAUUUAUGAUUUGAGAACUUAAGAAUUACAAUCUUGCAACUGUAAUUUCAUUCGGGUAGGCGAAUAAACGUGUUAGAUGACUAUGACUAAUUGCUUGUUACUAAUUUAUCAAAUAUUCAAUUCUUCUUGAA